AUGUCAGCCCAGUCUUCGAAACUCAAAGACCUGGAAACGCCACGGCGAGCCCUGGCUGAGCUGCAGUACAACUCGAUCUUGGCAUCAGAUCAAGGAACUUCUUCUGAUGAGGAAGCCAAGGACAAUGGUGCUAUUCGAAACCCGGACGAUGCUCGCGAAGCCAUUGGCAUCAGUAUAGGUCGCGAGCAGACAAGACUCAUAUCGCCGAGGACACCCGCGACUGAGAAAGCUGCAGCGCUUGAGAGUGCCGGUGGAUUCUUCGGGGCUGGAUUUGACGGGAUUGCAGAAGGCGACGAGCCUGAAGAUGGAGUGGAGGAGCAAGACUUUCAAAAGAGCCAGACCCCACCAGUGAGGGCCUCGCCUGAUCGAUCGCAACGACCAGGCGACAAACUCCCUUCUCCCUGGCGUGCCGACGUCAAGCACACUCGAAGAUCUAGCAAGUCAAGAUCUGUACUUCGUGAUGGCUUUUCGUUCCGGAGACGAGCCUCUUCCGGACCAGAACAGGGUUCUGAAAGCUUUGGAAAGUCGUUUUUCUCAAGCUUUCCUUCAAUGUCCAAGAACUUCUCCAUUUCCUCUCCCUUUGCGUCCACGCGAGAGGAUAUUAACCGCUCAAGAUCUCCGAAGGAAGAAGAAGAAGCACAGGCUACAAUCCCUGACUUGCCUACAAAUGCGAACCUCCAACUACAUCAAGUCCGCUCGCGACCACAACCACUUCGACGAUCCACGUCAGACACAUCAUUGAUCACGCAACGAACGCUGUCAAGAGUGUCAUCGCUUGGCGACGAUAGUCGUUUCGAGCACGUAUCAGAACAAGUCAACUCAAGAUUCAAGGCGAUCAAAGACAGCUUCCAUGACUCCAGUAUCAGACUGCCAAGCAUGCCUUCAAUGUCGAGCUUCUCCCACUUUGCACCAGACUUUAUGAAUCGUGAACGGUCUUCAUCGGAUCUACAAGAUAAAAGCCCACCCAAGCCAGUGGAUCCCAUGACUAGACGGCCAUACUCAUCUGCUAAAGCAGCAAUAUCAGAUGCGCCUCAGUCGGCAACGGAGCAUCCACACUUUACGGAAGCAUUGAAUCGACUAGAAGGUGACAUCGUAAUUCUUGGUGGGUACCGAGGCUCGAUCUUGAGGUCUGCUGAACCGCCCCAUCGUCAACUCUGGGUUCCGAUAAAAGUCGGCCUGAACAUACGCAAGGUCGACCUCGAAGUGGGCAUAGACGAGAAUGCAGAUGAGAGAGCUACCGAAACAGUCAUUCCUGGAGGAAUGCUCACUCACAUCGGUCCAGUCGACAUGUCACGGAGAUUGUUCAAGCGCCUUCGAGCUUGCGAGAACGCAAGGACUGGUAAGCUCAGAGUGCAUGACUAUGGCUACGACUGGCGACUACACCCUCACCACUUGAGUAAAAAGCUCAUCGCGUACCUGGAAUCUCUGCCGAGCAACCAGCCGAGCGUACCCAAAGGCAAGCGAGGGGCGAUAGUUGUCGCUCACUCACUAGGAGGACUAAUCACACGACAUGCUGUCAAUCAACGUCCAGAGCUCUUCAGAGGCGUGGUAUAUGCUGGAGUGCCCCAAACAUGCGUAAACAUCUUAGGACCUCUGAGAAACGGCGAUGAAGUGCUGCUGAGCAGUCGAGUACUAACAGCUCAAGUCAAUUUCACGAUCCGAACAAGCUUCGCCCUGCUACCCCUGGAUGGUCGAUGCUUCAUCGAUAAGAACACAAAGGAAGAAUACCCCGUUGACUUCUUCGACCCGCAGACAUGGAUCGACUGCCGCCUUUCCCCAGUCAUGGCUCGACCACUUCCUCCCUUGAGCGCCCCUCCAAAGCCCACGGGGUUAUCUGGAUAUGUUAGCUCAAUGGCCAGUGCCCUUCCAAGUCUUCCUCUGCCCGGGAGGAAGAAUAGCUCUGUUCGGGGUAAGAGUCCUGGGGACCCCACCGCCGCAACGAUUGCCGGAGGAGCCGAAGCCCCAGACUCCAUGAAUCCUAGCUCUGGUGACGCCAACCGUAUCGCCAUAGCAAACGGCAACAUCGCCAGGGACACCCCAACCCAAGAUGACGAUGACGACGAAGUCGUUCCCCCAUCAGUCCGAACCGCCGUAACCCUCCCGCGAGAACAAGCCCUCGAUUACCUCACCCGAACCCUGGCCACAGUCAAACAAUUCAAAGAAGAACUCGCCUUCAAACCCGAACACCACGCCUCAAACAUCUACCCCCCAAUCUCCGCCAUCUACGGCAAGAGCGUGCCGACCGUGAUCGGAGCCAAAGUCGACGGGUGCGAAGGCAUCAAACACGCCGAUGCAUACGACGAGCUGGCCUUCGCCAGUGGCGAUGGAGUCGUCCUCGCCAGAGCGGCCAUGGUGCCUGAAGGAUAUCGUGUGGCAAGAGGAGGCGUGGCGAGCUCGGAACGUGGACAUGUGACUUUGCUGGGGGAUUUGGAGGCUGUGGGGAGGUGUUUGAAUGCGAUUAUCAAUGCGAGGGGGAAAGGGGUGGGGCUUGGAAAGUAG